AUGUCCUACGCUAAGGCCACCAAGUCCCACAUCCCCGAGGGCGAGAUGCCUGAGCCCAGCCAGGAGCUCCUCGACGGCUCCACCUCCUCCCUUGACGAUGCCGGCAACGAGGCCGCCGGAGCGAAGAAGAACGUUCAGCAGGCUUCCGGCAAGGCCAGGGCCACCCUUGCAGAGGACCAGGCCGCUGAGGCCGAGAUCAAGGAGCUUACUGCCGCCGAGAAGCUCGCUGCUGAGGACGUCAAGGGCAGCCUGAGGAAGGCCAAGCAGGACGUUGACGCGACCACCAAGUCGUCGAAGCCCGUUGACAAGAACUUCGGCAAGCAGGUCGAGUCGGACGCCAAGGCUGCCGCUGAGCAGGCCAAGAAGGACGCCAGCAAGGCCGCCCAGCAGGUCGGCGAGACCUACGACAAGGUCAAGAAGGACGCCGACAAGGCCGCGAAGGAGCUCGGCGAGAAGUACGACGCCGCUAAGAAGGACGCCAAGAAGCAGCUCGACAACGCCGCCGACCAGGCCGGUAAGGCUUACAACGCCGCCGCCGACCAGGCUGGCAAGGCUUACAACGCCGCCAAGCAGGAUGCCGAGAGCAAGUACAACGCUGCUGCCGAGGUCGCCGAGAGGACCUACAACUCUGCCGCCGAGUCUGCUCGCGAGACCUACGAGGAUGUUUCCGAGGCCACCAAGAAGGCCACCGCCGAGGCCCAGAAGCAGCUUGACGCUUCGGCCAAGGAGGCUAAGCGCAAGUACAAGGAGUACAAGAAGAAGGCUCAGCAGGAGUGGGACGAGGCCGAGAAUGCCUUUGCUGCCUACUGGGAGAAGGGCAAGGACGUUGUUCUCCGCCCCAGCACCCUCGGUGGUCUCCUCGGUAUUGUGAACGUCGGUCUCCUCGGUGGUCUCGGAUACACCGCCUACAAGAACAAGGACAACCGCCCUUGGGACCCCCAGGUUGUUGGUGGCGCCAUCGCUGGAACUCUUGCUCUUUUCGGUGCUGAGGGCUAUCUCGCCGAGUCGUACCUUGAGACUGAGGAGGGUCGCGCGGAGGCCGAGCGCGCUAAGCGCGAGGGCUCCAGGCUCUACCUCGAGGCUAAGAAGCGCAUCCUGCGCCCCGACGUUGCCGGCGGCAUCAUGGGUCUUGUGAACCUUACCAUCCUUGCCUCGCUCGGAUACGUCUCUUACAAGAACUGGAACCAGCCGUGGGACCGCCGUGUCGUUGCCGGUGUCGCCGCCGGUCUCUUCGCCCUUACCAACGUCGAGGGAUACGUCGCUGAGCAGACCCUCGAGCGUGAGAAGAGGCGCCCUUAA